AUGAGCCUAAACUUCAGCGACGAUGAUGAGAUGUACACCCAGGAUGGGACGAAAAAUGGCGAGGGAGAUGACUUAAAUUCAGGAGCAGGAGACGACCCCAUGGGGCUCGUGGGGGAAGACUACACGGUUGACGCGCCAGAGGACUACAUGCGAGACGAAGCGGAUGAUCCCGCUGGGGAAGAGCGUAACGAACAGGAGGAAAAGAAGAAACGGAAAAAAAGCAUUGCGUUUCAACUGAAAAACAUUUUUAACGAUGUAGCGUUGAAUAAGAUCACUAGCUACAUUACGAAGAAGCGGAAGAGUGAGAAGAGAAACAGCUACACAGGCAAGUGGAACGACUCGAAUGGAGGUAAUAGCCAGGGCAGUAGGCGUGGGGAAGGCGGCAGUGAUGAUCAUAGUAUGGCCGAUGCGAUGGGGGAUGAAAUGGGCGAUGAGGAAGACGAGCUGCAAAGGUACCUUCGGGAGGAAAAAAACAAAAUGAAGCAAAUACUCCCAGAAAAUGACGAAUUGUGGGACAUAUAUAUGUACUUAAAUUUAAAAAAAAAAAAAAGAAAAAUUGACUACAGCGAGAAGCACUACAGCGCAGCAAUUCGGAAGAUACUACAGUGUGUGACGAAUGACUACAAAGCUGUUGUUAUUGCAAAGUUGUUCGAAAAUCAAGUGCUCAAAAAGUACUUAAUUAUCCCUGACCAGUCCGAUUUUUUUAAAAACAGCAAAAUUGAAUAUAUCGGGAGGAAUACCUCUGUCCCCAUUAUAAACAGGAAGAAUUCACUUCUGGCAAUAAAGAGAAAGCUAGUAGAAUUGUACGUAAAGGGAACCUGUUGCAGUUACACGAAGGACGAGGAGUUGUGUCGCUUGUACGGGGAGGACAACGAGGAUGCUGAGGAUUUGUCUGACCAUCAGGUAGAGUCAACUGGGAAGGAGUCCAAUCGGGGGGAAUCCAAUCCGCGGAAGUCGAAUAAACAGAGUAACCUCCACCAGGCGGAAAAAGACACCAACUUUGUAAUCGAGAAGGAAAAAAUAAAUCUCGAGUUAACCAAGCUGACGGAGAAGUACACCCGAAUGGUACAUAAGAUAAAACAGCAUCGUAGGAAAAAUUUAAAAACAAGCUUCAACCUUUUUAUGCACUUAAUAAAUGAAGUCAUGUCGAAGUUAUACUUCCCCGUCAAUAAUGUUUUACUUAUGGGGGACAACAAUACGGACUUGACAGAUAUUUACAAAACGGUUCGGCGUAAAUACAACAUACAUGAUGUGCUCACAAAGGUGCAAAAUCUAAGUCAGAAGAAGGAGGUCUAUGAACAUUACAGGGCGUACUUGAUUUAUAAGUAUAAGACCACUUACUCUGUUUGUGACGAGGUCUUUAAGACGCACCAAAUGGGAGACAACAUCAACAUGUUCAAUUUUAAAAGUUUUUACAACACGGACUUUGGGGCGGAUAAGUUUUCCGUCAUCCGGACAGCAGAAGGGAACGAACAGGAGGAGGGAACAGACGGAGCCGAAAGGGCGGAACGUGCAGAUGGCUCGGAUGGAGGGGAAACUUCCCCCCGUGACGAUGCGGCGCGCAAGGCCGAGCAGGGUGCGCCCGGGGACCUUCUCGCGGGUGACGUGUAUGACAUGUACGACGCGGAGGACUUCUUCCAGGUGAAUGUGGGCCCUGAUGCGGGAGCAGCGCAGGAAGCUGGAAACAUGGCAAAAGGCGCCGCAGUAAACUCAGCUGCGGAGGAAAAUUCCUCCAGUGUGCAAGCCGAGGCCCCAGAUAUCGCCGCCGUGAAGGCUGCCCCCGCCGAGGAGACGCCCCUGGAGCGGGCCAAGCGAAUCGCCCGCGAGAAGAAGCAGAAGCUGAUGGAAAGCAGAAUUAAGAUUAUAUGA